AUGGAAGUGUUUGUGAUGAUCAUAAAAAUAUACCCUACAAGCUCCGUUUCGCCUCUGAUUCGGUCAGAAAGGGCCGAAACGGAGCUUGUAGGAGAUUAUUUGCAUAUUUUUAAUGCAAGGAUUAUGCUUUGUGUAACUCAAACUCUAGCCAAUUAUGUGUCCAAUAUGGCCGCCCCAGGACGCAAAACUGUGUUCCAUAAGUCAUCGAUUUCCAGGCCAGAUAACAACGCAAUUUUCAUUAUGUGGACAGAUAGUUGUUGUCACAGCGAGGAGGGCGCGAUGGGCGUGGGCGCGUGGGUGGUGUUGGCAGCGGUGGUUGCCGGGGGGGCACUCACGCCCGCGUCGGCCGCCUUCCUGCUCGACGUGGAGGCGGCGAGAGAUGCCGCGGAAGCCACGAGAGGGAGGUCGCCCCUGCCAGCGAUGGCGUCCUCCGCGGGCACCCAGGGCCCGAGGAUACCGCCACAAGGCGCCCCAGGAUCGCAGAGAGGGCACGAGGGGCAUCAGGAAGGAGUAGAAGUCCUGAGGAUACCGGCCCAAGCUUCGACGUUUGAGGGCGUUGAGGCCACGCCCCAGGCUCUCCCGGAGGACUCGACGCCUUUACCGGCAAAGGGCGACGCCGAGGCUUUCCUGACAGAGGACCCGAGACUCCUGAGGCCUUCCCUCCCGACGGAGCAGCAGCCGAUGCACGAGGCGGGCGCCGUGAACCGGAGGGGCUGGCUCGCCGAGGACCUCGCGGGGACGCGCUACGGAGUCCUUCAGGAGGACGAAUCCACGCAGAGGAUCAACGCCCUCUCGACUGAAGACGUCACAGACACCGACUAUUACUGGGACUCGCACGGGGACGCCGAAGACCUGGACAGACUGGAGACCUCCGAGCUGCGGCCAGAGCAUCAGAGGGACCCCGAGGAGCGUUGGCCCUUUCCGAGCGACAACUACCGGGCCGGCCCCCCCGAGAGCCCCCGGUACCCGCCCGAGGUAGCACAGGUCGUCCCCGAGCCGACCGUUCAGCAGCGCUACGCCGAGCAGAGGCAGCUCCUGACGCAUUAUCUGAAGGAAUACCUGAACGAGCUCACGCGGAGCCCGGACUCGCACCUGGUCGUGCAGCAGUUGAUGCAGCAGCAGCCACAGGCACAGGAGCUCAUGCAGCAGUGGCUUCAAGAGCAGCGGCUGCUGUAUUCGCAAGGCCCUCAGGCAGUUUUAGGGAUCCCGCGGGAGCCGAAUCUUCCCGGGGGUUUGUUCCCGCACUUGCCCGGCCAGCAGAGCCACCUGCAGAAGCUGGUCGAGCAGUACCAGAGGCUCCAGAAGCAGACCUCCUCCGAUACUCAAGCUCCUUCCCAAGCGGCGGGCCAGCUGCCGCUCAGCCAGCCUCCUGCCGUCGCCGACAGCCAGCUGAACCUCAGCUCCGACGUGGACACCUUCAACAUCGUCAUCACCAAGAACCUGACGGGCGGGCAGUCGCAGCCCUCCGUCCAGUAUCUCCCCGACGCGCAGGUGGACGCUCUCCUCCUGAACACCAGCAUCACCUCCGUCAGCAACAUCUCCUCCCUCAGGGACGUGGUCAACAACGCCAUCUCGGCCGCCGUGGCCAACAACCCCGUGGCCAUCCAGGAGGCCAUUGCUCAGGUGGUGGAGCGCCCCGGCCACGAGCCGACCGUCAACGUGAUCAACUCGACCAUGUCGACCCUCGGCGAGGUCGAGUCGGCGCUCAGCACCCUGCUGGGCUCCACCGUGGUCUACGAGGAGAACCCGGCCGCCAACACCGCCGUGGGCUACAUCCCCCGCCCGGACAGCUCCGUGGUGAGCAAGCUCCUCAACAACACCAUCGGCGUGGAAAACGUCAACGUCAACUCGACGUCGAAGACUAACGUGGUCAACAUCUUCAUCAUUAACAUCAUCGGCGGCGCUGACGGCGAGGGCAGCCAGCCCCCGCCGCCCCCAGCGCCCCUGCCCUCUGCCCUAGCGCCCCUGCAGCCGGCCCCAGCGCCCCUACACGCCCUACAGCCGGCCCCAGCGCCCCCCGCGAUCAGCAGCUUCCACGUAGUCUCUGCCAUUCCCGCGCCCUCUCUGGCUGGGCCGCAGGAGGUCCCCGCCGGCUACGUCCCGACGAAUCUUGCAGGACCCAGUCACGCCGCGUCCCUCGCUGGCCGACCCCGCCCGCCAGGAGCACUGCCGCAGGGGCCGUUCCCACCGAACCCACAGACGGUUCUCCCCCCCGCUCCCCCCAUGGCUGUCCUCCCCCCUGCCAUCCCGCUUCCCGGCUCCCCGAUCCCGCCCCUUGGCGCCGCAGGGCAGGGCGAGCCCCAGGCGGGGUCGAGCGGCGGCGCCCGUCCAGGGGCGUCGCGGCCCGAGAACCCCGACGGCAUCAACCUGAAUAACAACGAAGUUCUGCAGCUUCUGCCGGACUUCGUGCGGGCGACGACCAUCCCGCCGGUGGUGCCGCUCUACAACACCUCCGCCCACCAACUCCUCGAGCAGAAUCCCUCGGUCCUCGGGCUCCUGCCCAACCAGGUCUUCGAAAUCACCAAGCCCAAGUUUCAUUUCGACAACAGCACGACGGGAGGAAUCAUCAGGAAAGUCCCCGUCGGGAACCUCACCGAAUUCUUCCCGCCCAAACGGGCUCCUACGCAAGCCCAGAGGACCCCCCAGCCGAGCAGCCCGGCGUUCCAAGGCAACAGGUAUCAGUACCAAAGCUACGAAACCUCGGCCGUUCCAAAUCGGCCACUCCCCUUCGAAAGCAGCCUCCUUCAGAACUACCCGCGGCUCCCCGACCAGGGCUCCCCGUUCUACUACUCAGCGGGAGGCGACACGCCCACGAGCCGGCUGCCUGCGCGCCACCAGAACCCUGCGCAAGCAUACAACGUCGUCAGCCAGGCGCAGGCAGAACUGAGCAACUUUGCUAAUCUUCUUCAGCUGACGAGCAAUGACACCAACGCUGAGAACGAAGAAUCGGCCUUGCCAAAUUAUGCCAACUUGCGGACUGAAACGAGCGGACCUUCACAAAGAUUUGGAUUUACAGAAGAUACUGACGUCACACAGGAUACAAAGGAGGACGUAACAAAGACAGAGCAGAUGAUAGCGACCUCGACAGCGGUCGCGGCGGACCCGGCUAGCGCAGCAGAGCCCAAGUCCAGACUGCAGAUGGACAACCUCAUGAAGGCGGUGGCAAUCGGAGCUUUGCCCAGUUCGAUUGCCUUCGCCACCGCCCUCUGGCCCUACUGGGCUCCCCUCCUGCUGGGGCGCCGCAGGAAGCGUGACGCGAGCGCCCUCGGUGACCCCGCCGACCGAGCCCGUAUUUCCAACGACUGGCUCAGCAUCCUGACGGGGGCGAAGUACAAGGAGGCCGGCGCGGACUUCCCGUCGGCCUGGGACCGCCUGGCGCUCAGGAAGAACAACCAGAAGAACUCGGCGGCGCCAACGCGGAUCGCAGCAGAGGAGGCCUCGAGGCCGACUCCCGCGGGAGAGUCGUCCUCCUCGAUUCCCGGCGACGAUUCGCCUUCGGAAGCACCUUCGGAAGCGCCUCCGUCGACCGACCGAGCGGCCACCGGACCGCCGGAGGAGGCGCCGGCUCCCGAAGGAUCAGCGGCUGCCUUGGCGGACUCGGAGAGCGAGAACAUCCUCAGGACGACAGAAAAGGCCACGACCGUGAAGCGCGCGACGCCCGCCGGCCCGCCCCUGACGACGACGGGGAAAGGCAUGGAGCAGUCGGUGGCGCAGGUGAUCUCAUCGCUCAGCCCGACCGGCAGCGCGCCCUUUACCGUGGAGGCGCAGACGGAGGCCGGAGCCGAGCAGCAAAAGGAGGACGACGCCCCGGCGGACGUGGCCCUCGUCACCAACUUCCUCUACUCGACGCUGAACGACUGGAACAGAGAGAGCCCCACGACGAGGAACGACCCUCCCGCCGAGGAGGAGCAGCCGGCCGUCAAGGAUCUGAUCGAGCUGGACAUCAGCACGGGCGCGCCGACGCAGGUGAACACCGCCACCAACAGCCCCAUCAUCUUCAUCAACGGCUUGCAGGGCAUCUCCAGCGUGGCCAGCGCGAGGCCGGAGACGACGCGCCCGACGGCGGCGGAGACGGAGUUCUUCACGUUCCAGCCUCGACCCGCGCCCACGACCGAGAGGACGACAGUUCCUGCGUCGUCUUCGUCUAUUUCGUCGACUUCAUCGACUGCAGCAUCAUCUUCGGCAUCAAUUACAACAUCAGCGACAGCAACGACAACAGCAUUAACGUCAGCGUCAACUUCAGCACUAACGUCAACCUCGACGCCGGCAACAACGUCAGCCUCGACGUCGGCAACAACGUCAGCCUCGACGUCGGCAACAACGUCAGCCUCGACGUCGGCAACAACGUCAGCCUCGACGUCUGCCCCAACGUCGGCCUCGACAUCAGCACCAACGUCAGCGUCAACCUCAACCUUGACAUCAGCUCUAACGUCAGCCGCGACGUCUCCCUCGACCACCAGCGCCCCCGUGAGACGGAGGCCGAGCUCGACGACCUCGCGGCCGGUCGUGUUCAUCAACAACCAGCCGGUGACCAUGGACGACCUGGUGGCGGGCUCCGGCUUCACGUCCAGCCCGGCGCUCGUGCAGAUCCAGUCGUCGUCGACGCGGCCUGCGAGCUCUGGCGUCCGCAUCCCUAUCUUGUCCCAGUGGAACACCCGCAUCUUCGCCACCACGCGCGCCGACCCCUCCACCACGACCACGGCGCCCACAACCACCACGACCACGGCGACCACAACCACCACUCCAAAGCCGACAACCACAACCACCACUCCAAAGCCGACAACCACUACUACGCCCACCACCACCACCACCACCACACCUACUCCAACCACCACCAAGAGGACAAGAGUUGCAACCACAACGACCACAACUACCACAACCACCACGACCACCUCCCCCACCACGACGACGACGACCGAGGCGCCCGGCAUCUUCGACUCCAUCGCGACGGUGCUGGCCGACGAGGACGGCCAGCUGCAGUCGGCGGUGAGCUUCGUGGGCUCGGUGGCCGUGUACGGGGCAGCGGCCCUCAUGCCCCUCUGGCUGCCCAUCGUCCUAGGCAAGAGGCGACGGCGACGGGACCUGCAGCUGGAGGACGACCUCCAGGACAUCCUUGAGGCCGUGAGAAUGAUCCACAGCCCGCUCCCCGUCGCACGGAGCCUCGAGUUCGGUGACUCUGAGGAAGGCAAGAAGCCCCUGAGGCGGAGAGACCGGGCGGCCGGCGCGGAGGCCGACGAGGAGGCGAUCAACAUCUACGAGCAGUUUCCCCUCUUGAGGCACUUCGUCGAGUUCCUCAAGGAGGAGCUGAAGAACCGCGCGAAACUCAAAGGGAAAUAGACGAAGGAAGCGCAUCGCCGAAGGUGACCCUGCACUGCGAAGGUCGUGGGCAGAGCGUCUUCAUUAUUUAUGUAGAUUUUGCUAUGUUGAUUUUCAAUAUUUAUUAAUCUAUUUAUGUAAGUAUAAGAUACUAAUAGGAUAAGAUACUAAAAGUCGCUUAAUAUAUGAUCUUAAUAUAUACAAUUAUCUGUUGCAGUAUUUCGGUUAAGCCACAAUCGUGUCAUUUCGUACAUAUAUUUCGUAAAAAAUAAAAGGUUUAAAAGUUCCUGAGAGUACAUCAAUAUCAGAUAUUUUCUCUCUCUCUCUCUCUCUCUCUCUCUCUCUCUCUCUCUCUCUCUCUCUCUCUCUCUCUCUCUCUCU